GAGAGAGGCUGUGUUUGACGUACAAGUGUCUUUGUGAAGACUAACAGAUUGACCAUGUCGCUCUCCGUGGUGCUGCUGCUGCUGCAUCUGACAGUCUGCAACUCGCAGAAUAUCGAUUUCUUCGUUAAAAAUUUAAAUGGCUUUGUUGGCGCAAUCAACUUCUAUACAAAAGAGAAGUAUGUAAAUGAUUCCUCCUCGCUGACCAUUCGCCUAAUGGGGAACAAUCAGAACUGCACUCCCGAUUUCUCAUUUGAUUGCCAAAAUAGCAGCUGUGGGUAUGUGAACACUUUGGUACGCACGGUCGACCAAGAAGGCAGCGGAGAGUGGUGUCAGAAUGAACUUAGGUCUGUUCAGCCAUCUCCCAUUAAUGUGGUUGAUUCACUGAGCAUCCCUGGUGUUAAUUGGGUUAGUGGCAUCAAAAACAACAUUGGAUCAUGGAGAACUGCAGUAGCAUUCGACCUGAGGAACCGCUCUGACACCAGAAAAGAAAACUCCUCACCCCAGUCUACCGUGAUCCCAUUUGUGAGAGUUCCUUCAAACUGUCGGAGAGAUUUCAGCCCGUUGAUGUUUGACCCUGAUGGUGAUCAGGUUAAAUGCAGAUAUGGAAACACAUCGUCAGAGUGUGGCCCUUGUGAUCCACCAUCUGUCCUCAGCCUCUCAUCAUCCACUUGUACUCUAUUGUUCGGUCCCACUGCCGACAGUAAUCAGGGCCGUUAUGGAGUACAGCUGCUGAUGGAGGACUUUCCCUGGAAGAACAUCACCAUGACUGGAUUCAAUGACACAAAAACAAUAUUAACACCUAACGAUGCUCUCAGCAAAGUACCGAUCCAGUUUGUUCUGAUAGUGGAUCCCCAGGUCUCAUCCUGCACAGAGGGAGACUUUUUGCCCAAAUUCUUGCCUCCAACCCCAGCCAACAGAGCUCGGCUCUACACCCCUGUUAAUAAGACUCUGGAAAUCAGCAUCAGUGCUGAGGCAAAAAACUCCAUGAUCUCUGAGCUGCUGUUCAGCGGACCGUAUGAUGCAGUUCAGAAUAAAACUGGAACAGGAACGUUCACCCUGAGAUGGACGCCGUCUAAAUCACAAGACAAUGACACCCUCCCCUUCUGCUUUGUUGUCCAGGCACUUUCCAACAUAACCAAGUAUCACUCAGACCUUCGAUGUGUCAGCGUGACUGUUGGAAAUGGUCCUGUUAGUAGUGCCCCAGCUAGUGCUUCAACUUUUGUCCUGGUCAUGGGAUCUUUCCUUUCAACUCUUAUUCUUGCCUUCCCUUCCAUAUGAAUAUGGAUAAAAUCAGAGAUUGAAGAUGUACCUGACUCUGGAUUGAUGCAACGGUAGCGCCCUCUACUGUUACAACAUGAAUGUCAUCUGACUCUGCACAAAUAACUUUUUUCAAGUUUCUUUAAGUUUUGUUCCAACUAAUGUAAUCCAAGCGCUAACUGGAGUUUUUACUCACUUGUCCUCGCUUGUUUCAGGCGAUUUACUGAAUUGAUAUAAAUUUUAUUUCUGAUAGUUUAGCUUGAUUUAUUUUGCCAAGUUAUUAAUCGCAUCAUCUGUAACAACACCUCCUAUUAAUCCACAAACUACUGCACCUUAACUAACACCUACUAGUCAACUAAACACUACUUUUACAAAAAUAACGUUCCCAGGCAAUACUCCACUUUAUGAGUAUGAAUUACAGACAGUAACUUACCAAACACUAAAGCUUCAUAGACAUGUCGCAUCAAGAGCAAAAACUGAACUUGCAUGCUUUAAUGACCAUUAAAAU